CUAGGAAAAUAGGAAAGACAAUAGAAUGAUAGAGGACGAGACAUGCAUGCAAUGGAACCAUUCCUUCAACAAAGAACAGCUACCGUUGGUUGGCUAAUAUUUCUCAGUGUCUCAAGAAAAGACAAUAUUCAUGACCGUGAAUGUCCUACUACCUACGUGUCUCAAUCUCAAUCACCAAUUCAUAUUAUUCUCUUAAUCCUAAACGCAUCUCCACUUGUUUCCUCUCCAUUCCAACAUCACUUCUUCUUCCUUAAACACUUAUAUGUCUUUGUCUCUUUAAUUUGAUGUAGUACUUUCUAUUAUAUAACCAAUCAUGAAUGUUUAGUCAACUUUUCUUACAUAAUAGAAAAAUGAUUCUAAAAAGAUAAAAUAUUGAAGUUUGUUAAAACAAGUGUCUUUUGUAUAUUAAUAACAUGUUCAUUCAUUAAUGAAAACUAGAAUCUGGUUUCAACUCAACACCAAUACCACUCAAUGUCUCUUGCAGUUUCUUCCUCCUGCUCACCAAAAAAAUGGAUUAACAAUUGUAUUAGAGUGUUCAACUCAAUAAUAUGUUACAUUGUUUUCCUCAUCUUUGAUCUUCUUGAUGCUGUUUUAUGUGUUAUCUAUAGAUACCUUGAUGAACGCAUUGAUGGGGUGGCCUCUUCUUGUUGUUGCUCUAAAUGGGAGAGACAGAAGAAGAUGGUGAUGAAUGAUGAAGAUGAUGGUGUUUCAGAAAGUUUGUAUGAGAGGAAGAACAUGUUUAGAGAAAUAGGUUUGCUUCAAUUUGGUGGAAAAAGGGAGGAAGAAGAUUCUUAUGGAAAAUGUGGUGGAAGGAUAGUGAAAAGUUGGUCUGAUUGUGGAUGUGAGUCUUGUCUUUCAUGGGUGAAUGGUGGUGGUGAUGACUAUAAACUUCAUUUUGUUGUUAAGGAACCUUUAAUAGCCACUGGUGAAAACUGCAAGGGAGACCCUUAUGAGAAUGUUAUAUUCUUGCAUGGAUUUAUGUGUUCUUCCUCAUUUUGGACUCAAACAGUGUUUCCAUGUUUCUCUGAAAAUGUAAAUCAUAAUUACAGAUUGAUUGCAAUAGACCUGUUGGGAUUUGGAAAGAGUCCAAAGCCAAGAGAUUGUUUGUACACAUUGAAGGAUCAUGUGGAAAUGAUUGAGAAAUCUGUGGUUCAACCAUUGCAGUUAGGUAGUUUUCAUCUGGUUGCACACUCUAUGGGCAGUGUAAUUGCAUUGGCUUUGGCUGCAAAGUAUCCCAAUUGUGUAAAAUCAAUCACCCUUGUUGCACCUCCAUACUCUUCUUAUGAGGAAAACGACGCUUGUUUAAAAGCACUUGAAAAGUUUGCUGGAAAGAAAUUGUGGCCAACGUUAUCAGCUGGUUCUUCAUUUAUGUCAUGGUAUGAGCAUUUGGGUCGAACUGUUUGCCUUAUCUAUUGCAGAAAUCACAGGACAUGGGAGAGGAUUCUAAAAUUCAUUACUCGCAAGAGGGAUCUUAAUUUCUUGAUCACAGACAUGACUAGGCAUACUCAUCAAUCAGCUUGGAAAUCCAUGCAUAAUGUGAUAUGUGGGGGAGCAAAAUUCAUGGAUAGUUACUUGAAAAUUUUGACAAAAAAUGGAGUUAGAAUAAAUGUUAUACAAGGUGAUGGAGAUCAAGUUGUCCCAAAGGAGUGUAUCACUAAGUUCAAGUUAAAGGCUCCAUAUGCUGAAAUUAACAUAAUUCCAAAUGCAGAUCACAGCACUGUGCUAUUGGGCAGAGAGAAGCAAUUUGCACAAAGUCUGGAGCAUACAUGGGCAUCUUGCUAAGUUCCAUUGAUUAAAUAUGAGAAUUUCUUUUUGAAAAUUUGGAGACAUGAAAUUUUUGUUUUUUAGACUUGAUACAUAUUUUGAAUGUGAAAUGAAAUAAAACAAGAAAGAUUAUAACAUGAUCAAAAUUAGUAAAAUAUUUGCAAUAUUAUGCUUGAAUAUA